UCCUCCACCCACAACAUCUCAUCCCUCUCAUCAUGACAACUCCUACCAAUGCCAAUUCUCGCACCUUUCCAGCUGAUCCUCAGCAUCCACCGACACGACGCCCAGCCUCUGAAUCGGAGGGCCCCACGGGCCAUGCCCCGCACGAAGCUCGCGAAGCAGGCGCGGACGAGUGGAUGAAUAUCAAGCAGAUGGAGCAAGAUCAGUCAGACUCGCAAGCUUGCUGGUGCACCUACCCCUACGAGCUACCAGACCAGUCCGAUACCUCUGAAGAUGACGUCGUUGCCGAGCAUCGCAAUGCGGCAGACCAAUCGGAUGAGCUUCGUGCCACGCCGACACAUGCCGAUUCGGACGAAAGUUUGUCGACCGCACGCGCACCUUUUCGAAGCGAAGAUGCGAAGCGUACGACGCCGAGAGACGAGAUGGCCAUCAACAACAUCGUUGCAGCCGCGAGCGUGGUCCAAAAGGCCAAAGUCGCCAUGAUAUCCAAGGCUCCGUCACACAUCAUUCCCACCCCUGCGAUGGUCGCCACGGACCAGAAGAGUCACGCUCUCGUGGUCCACCGCCGCCGCCGCCGCCCUGCGCGUGCCAUCUUGAUCGUUCAGGUCAUCACGAAGGCAGAGGGGGAUUCGGCGGUCGUGAAGGCUUUGGAGGUGGAGGAAGAGGAGGCUUGGGAGGUAGAGGAAGAGGAGGAUUCGGAGGUAGAGGAAGAGCUGGAUUCGGCUCGAGGUCUGGAUUUGGAGGUAGAGGUCGACUUCCCCACAUGGGCGGACCUGAUCACCACCACCACCACCACCAUCAUCAUCAUCCUUUCCACGCGGGUCAUCCGCACGAGCACUUUGAGGAGCCAUUUCCCCAGUUCGGUGCUCCACCGCAUCAUCGCCACGGUCCGCACGCUGCUUCUUGUUGCCGAAAUGCGACACGCAGAGAUCGGCCCGCUCACUCGCACAGCCGCGAGAGACUUGCCCAUUCGCGUGCUCAUGCCCCAUCCAGGCCCUCGUUUGCCUUUCACCCAUGGCGCCAGCCUGGUGCGCUAUCCGACAGACCAGGCCCGCCCGGUCCAGCUCUUCACCUGCCACCCUUACAUCUCGCACGCGCACAUCGCCACCGAGCACCUCCACGUCGCUCAGCAGCAGCUAGUGAGGAGAAAGAGGACGAGUUGCUUUUUCGCCUCAUGCAUAGAAUGCAUCGACUGCAACUGCGACAUGGACGAGAGCGCCACGAGCGCGCUCGACGAGGUGGCGCAAGGGGCUUUUGAGCAUCGUCGCAACGAGAUCACCGGCCAGCCCGCGCCCCUGCUGCGCAAUUCAGAGGAGGACAUCGGUGGCCCCCUUUGA